UCCCGCCAACUCCAGGGCAGCGGCGCGCGCCGCCACCGCCGCCGCCGCCGCGAGGGGGCGCCAUGAGAGGCGCUGCCGGUACCAUGGCCUCCGCCGGCGGCGGCUCCCUGGGCUUCCUGGCCUGGCUCCUGCUCUUUCGAACGCGGCUCACCGAGGCCCAGGAAGCCGGGGCGGGGGCUCAGGGAGAAGCGACGCCGCCCUCCUCUUCUCCUCUCCGUUCAGGGGGCGGCGACGAGGACCCCAGAGCGAGCUGGUGGGAAACGCUCCCUGGAGGGGGCCGUGGAUUCCCGGCACCCCAGCAACUUGGGAAGAACAAGAGCCAGAGCAGUUUGUUGGCAUUUAACUCAGACUGUGGCGGCUCGCUCGUGAAGAUCGUGGGAGGAAUGGAUACUGAGGAGGGGAAAUGGCCCUGGCAGGUGAGCGUGCGGUUUCGAGGCUUGCACGUGUGCGGAGGCUCCCUGAUCGCGGCGCAGUGGGUGCUGACCGCUGCCCACUGCAUUUUAAGCCGUUUCCAUUACAGCGUCAAGAUGGGAGAUCGAAGCAUCCACAACCAAAACACCAGUCUGGUGAUGCCAGUCCGGAAAAUCAUUGUCCACUCUCUGUUCAGAAGAGCUAGAACAGUGAAAAAUGACAUUGCUCUUCUCCACCUCCUGCAACCUGUGAAUUUUACCUCUGCCAUCCAAUCCGUCUGCAUCCCUUCAGAGAUUCUAUGGGUGGAAGCUGGGACCAACUGCUGGGUGACUGGAUGGGGCAAAACAUCACAGGGCGGUGACUCCUAUAAUGCUCAUGCAAAACGAAGGGACACGGCAUCGGCUGGGGACAGUACUCCAGGGACAAUGAUUUCAGGAUGUGGCCAUAGAAUUCUGAGGAUAGUUGGUGGCGCGCCAGCCCCAGAGAGGAAGUGGCCCUGGCAGGUGAGCCUGCAGGUCAACGAUAAACACGUAUGUGGAGGCUCCCUCAUUGCCCAUCAGUGGGUCCUGACUGCUGGCCAUUGCAUAUUUGGCUUUAUGGAGUACACGGUGAAGCUGGGAGAUAUAGACGUCAAUCAUCAAUCCAACAUGGCAGUCGUGGUCCCUGUCCGAGACAUCGUUAUGCACCACGAUUAUAGUUCUCGGGGAACGAUCUCCGAUGACAUUGCACUUGCUCUGCUCGACUUCCCUGUGAAUUACUCCACACACAUUCAGCCUGUGUGCCUCCCGGAAAAGACCUUCUUGGUGCCAGAUGGGACGACGUGCUGGGUAACUGGAUGGGGCAAACUAGAAGAAACAGGUGUGGGUUACCAAGCCAAGGAGGAAUCUGGGGUGACCGUGCCAAGCCCAGAGCACCUGGGACCCCCGAAAUCCCUCAGGAUCUUGGAAGUCACUGCAGCUCCGGGGUCUCCAGCGCCGGCAGGGCCUGCGGGACCCCGGGUCAGGUCAGCACCCACAGGGCGACAGGACUUGGAGCAGGCUGGGACCUCUCUGCCUGAGGAGCUGUUUCCUCGAGCGUGCGGCAAUAGAACCAUGAAGAUAGUGGGUGGAUCACCGGCUCCAGAGAGGAGGUGGCCCUGGCAGGUGAGCUUGCGGAUUGGAUACAGCCACUUCUGCGGCGGCUCCCUCAUCACCAGCAGGUGGGUGCUGAGUGCGGCCCACUGCAUAUUAAGAUACGCAGACUACAUGGUGCAGCUGGGAGACCGAAUGCUGGACGGUUCUUCAGAACAGGCACUCAUGGUCCCUGUUCAAAAAAUCAUCAUCCAUAAAGAUUUCGAAGCUGCAUCUCUGACUCAUGACUUAGCCCUUCUUCGGCUGGCCUACUCCGUGAAUUUCUCUUCAUACAUCCAGCCCGUGUGCCUCCCUGGAAAAUCUCUGACAGUGAAAGCUGGGAUGCUGUGCUGGGUCACGGGAUGGGGCCAGCUGUCAGAGAACGGUGGGGGUUACCGAGCCAGUGAGGAUUCCGAGGUGACCCUGCCGAGUCCAGAGCCCCUGGCACCCCCUGGGCACCCAAAAUCCCUCAGGAUCUUGGAAGGCACUGCAGCUCCGGGGUCUUCAGCGCCGGCAGGGCCUGCGGGACCCCGGGUCAGGUCAGCACCCACAGGACGACAGGACUUGGAGCAGGCUGGGACGUCUCCAGCUGUGGAGCUGUUUCCUCGAGCGUGCGGCAAGAGAACCAUGAGGGUAGUGGGUGGAGCGCCGGCUACGAAGGAGAAGUGGCCCUGGCAGGUGAGCCUGCAGAUCCAUGAUGAACACCAAUGUGGCGGCUCCCUCAUCGCCAGCAGAUGGGUGCUGACUGCGGCCCACUGCAUAUUUGACCUUGAAGAAUACACAGUGAGGCUAGGAGGCCGGAUGAUGCAUGGUGAUUCUGAACAGGCCGUUGUAAUCCCGGUUGCAGACAUUGUUUACCCUUCAGAUUUUGAUGAAACAACGUUUAGUCAUGACAUUGCACUUGCUGUGCUGGCCUUCUCUGUGAAUUUCUCUUCGUACAUCCAGCCUGUGUGCCUCCCUGAAAAAUCUCUGAAAGUGAAAACUGGGACUCUGUGCUGGGUCACGGGAUGGGGCCAACUGUCAGAGAGAGUUUCAACAUCAUUACCUAUUAUUCUUCAGGAAGCUGAGCUAAGCAUUAUUCGCUUUAAAGAGUGUAAAGCAAUAUUCCAGAAAACGUUGAUUAAGUUUAGUAGAUUGGUCAAGACAGGAUCUCUCUGUGGCUACAAUUCCCAAGGAAAGGAUGCCUGUCAGGGAGACUCUGGAGGACCCUUGGUCUGUGAACUUAAUGGCUCGUGGAUCCAGGUGGGGAUUGUGAGCUGGGGUGUUGGCUGCGGCCGCCAAGGCCUUCCUGGAGUCUACACGGAAGUUAGUGUUUACAUGGACUGGAUCUAUAAGAACAUGAAUCAGGCUUCCUGCCUGGACUCAACUGCCUUCCUCAUUUUAAGCCUGUGUCUGGUGCUAUCUGUGGGCAUCCUGGUGGCUCCAUGGUCACUGCAGACCACUCCUCUCCUAUUCCUGAGUUUCCACUAGGCUUUUUCUCCAGCCUCUCAUGACAUUUCACUAUCCUUGCCUCAAAUUCAAGUUGAGAGCAGUUGACGCUGAGAACCUCUGUAUAACAGAGUGUGGCAGAGACACUGGGUCCUGCAGUUUCCAAGCCUGAUGCUCUGGUCACCUUCUUCAGCUAAGCCUCCAUUGUUCUACCUGACUGGAAGGAUGGAAAUAGCCAUUCCCAGUAGAAGACCAGUAAACAAGAUCGUUGGACCAACAUCUUGGCAAACAUCUACCAAAUAAGAGACAUUGUCAAAGCUGAAACACGCCCUAGACCUGGCUCUGGUUUUAGGACUCUUACCUGAGACUGGAUCAAACCAGUCAGCUUGGCUAUUGCUCAGAUGGAGUGAAGGAUGCAUUGCUAAGACUACAGAGGUGUGAGACCCAGGACUUCCAUAUAUGGUUCAAUUGUUUCAAUUGUCUGGGGCUGACAGAAGUACCCUGGCACCCCUGUAUGGGCCACCCUACCAGAGAGAGCCUCUGCCAUGCAGGAUGUCAUGGGGCAACAAAGUUUGGCACCCCCUUCCUAGUGCCCCAUUAAUGACGUCCAGGGACAAAUUAUGCUGUGCUUAAACCAGCUAUGGAGUGUGGAGACUUCAGAUGUCAACUGAAUAAAUGUUUGCCAUGUC